UGUUAAUAGUAGAUAUCCACUUCGUCAUUUCGAUAGCAUUGUCUCUCGCGAUUGUCACUAUAAUGUGGUAUCGAUUAUUAUUGAAAAUACACUUGCAGCAUCCAGUCAAGAUGGGUCUGAUAUAUGUUUUCAUAAGUGUUGUGAUUGCGAUUAUAGUAGUUGUGACUGGAGAAAAAAGUGGCCGGCCAAAUAUUGUUUUCAUUAUAGCUGAUGAUUUGGGUUGGGACGACGUGAGUUUCCAUGGCUCAGACCAGAUCCAGACGCCCAACAUCGACCUGCUGGCGUACUCGGGAGUGGUCCUGGAGAGGUACUACUCCCACUGUCUGUGCACGCCUUCUCGAGCUGCUCUCCUCACUGGGAAAUUUGCACAUCACCUUGGAAUGCAGGGUUAUCCUUUGACGAAUGGUGAAGAUCGCGGAUUGCCGUUGACGGAGAAAAUACUACCUCAAUAUCUGAAGGAGUUGGGUUAUUCGACACACCUGGUGGGGAAGUGGCACUCUGGGAAUUCCCGAAAGAAGUAUUUCCCCAAUGAACGAGGUUUUGACAGCUUCUUUGGCCAUAUAAGCGGAUAUAUAGACUAUUACGAAUAUGUGUUGGAGGAAACGUGGGAUUCUGGCAAAGUAUCUGGCUUUGCUUUAUACCGGAAUUUCACUCCAGCAUGGGACGUCGAAGGCUACAUCACUGAUGUUUAUACAGAAGAAGCAGUAUCAAUAAUAAAAAACCACGACGUAACAAAGCCUCUGUUUCUGAACAUCGCUCACAACGCACCGCACUCGGGCAACCAGGCUUCGUUGAUGCAGGCUCCCCCUGAGGACGUGAGGGCAAUGCGCCACGUCGAGCUGCCCGAACGACGGACACUUGCCGCAAUGCUUAAAAAGCUUGAUGAGAGUAUUGGGAAUAUUGUAGAAGCUCUGCUCAAUAAAGAUAUGUUACAAAAUACCAUUAUAGCAUUUGUAUCAGACAAUGGAGGCAUGACCACUGGCGAUCCUGACUACUCUGUCAAUUAUGGCUCUAAUUGGCCUUUGAGGGGGUUCAAAAUGUCGCCUUUCGAGGGAGGUAUUAGAGUCGUUGGUCUUUUAUGGACACCCACUUUAACUCAUCAUCUAUGGAAAGGUCGUAUGCAUGUUGUGGACUGGCUCCCGACUUUGUUGAAGGCAGCAGGAGCUGAUGAUAUACCUGAUGGAAUAGAUGGCAUUGACCUUUGGAAUCAAAUUACAACAAACGCAGAUACAUCUAGAAAUGAUAUAUUCGAAAUUGAUGAUUAUACAGGUUUUGCUGCGAUUAUAGCAGGAGAUUAUAAGUUAGUGACAGCAAAUGUGUCUUUAAGCAAUAGUGAUUACCAAGGAGACGAUUUAAGAGGUGUCAUAGGUGAAGCUCCUCCAUAUGAAGAUACUAUUAGGAAGAGUAAAAUGUAUUCCAUUUUGGAGAAAAUUGGAAAACCAUUUAACAUGGACAAUAUUGAUUUGAGAGAGAAAAUUAGGGUUGAUUGUAAGGGGAGAGAACGUAACAGUAGUACUGCUUGCUAUCCGCUUAAUGGUAAAGUGUGUUUACUAAACAUCAAGGAAGACCCGUGUGAGAGUACAGAUUUAUCUGAAUUGUACCCAGAUCUUGUGAAAGAGUUAACCGAUCGUCUAAAAGCUGAAAUAGAAAGCAGAGUACCUCGAACUGCCCCUGUGUUCAGAGAUCCUAGAGCAGCACCAAAAUUGUUUAAUUAUACGUGGACAUAUUUUGCAGAUUAUUUUUAAGAUUGCAUUGUUUUGUUCCGAUAACUGUGACAAAAAUGCUCUAGUGUUACCGUUGCAAGCACCCAUAGACUGUGAUGUCCACUUCGCAUCAAGUGGACUGCACACCUGUUUGCAUAACGUUUGAAGGCCGCCAGUGCAUAAUCUGCUAUCUUUGUUAAUAUUUGCAUAAAACAAAAUAUAGGUAAGUCUGCUAACUAACAAAUAAUACAGUAAUAUACACAGUAAUCCGUGUUAUCAAUUAAUGCAUUCAAAUGAAAUUUAUCUUCACUUUGUGGUACGAUUUAGUGUUGUGUGCAUUAUUGUAUACAACUAUCGAUAUACGCUCGAUAUACAACUAUCGAUAAGUUUAAAAUAAAAUAUUUUACAGAAUAGGAAUACGUUGAUAAGAUUUUUUUGUUUUGAUGACUAUUCGAAGGUAUAUUAUUAUAAACACCAGUGCAAAAAUAACUGUGAUACUGAAAAUGCUUUUUAAGUGAAGACAAAAUAAAACAACACAUUUUGGUAUCACACGAAUGCUCCAUAUUAAAAUGACACAUAGAAGUGACAUGUGAUGUCACAAUAGGUAAUAGGUUUGCAAAAAAUGUUAUGUUUGUUUGACAGCCACACAAUAUUGCGUGUGAUGACUUUAUUGUGUUAAGUUUAUAUCUAUUUUAUGUAGAUUAUACAUAGCUAAUUUUUACAAUUCUCUGACCUCAUCUACCAUAUUAUCAGCCAGUUGUUAUUGAUUACUUACAUACAAUACUGUCAAUAGAAAAUAAUUGUGACAAACGUUUUGUUUCACGAAAAUGCGAAGUAAAAGACACAUGAAAUAUAUAAUAUAUAAAUUUGGUGCAGUUUAAUGAUUUUCCGUAGGUAACCUAGCGAUAGAAUUCAACUUUUGUUUAUUUGGAACGAAGAUUUUUAACUUGUUUUUCAGUUUUAGAAUUAAUCAUUAAUCGAUAUCGAUAUAAGAUAUUAUUGCCAAACCUAUUAAAAAAUAUUACGAAAAGUUAACACACUAGGUACUUAAGUUUAGUUAAGUAGUGGAUACUGUUACCCUUUUUAAUAAUUGAGUUGAAUAAGAAUUAGAAUAAGAGAGAGAACAAAAUACAUAUUUAAACAUAUUUUGUGAUCUCCCUCUAACCCCUCCGCUUUGAUAACAUAUUGCUUUAAAUGUCGAUGAUAUUCUAAAUAUCGUUUUAGAUCAGCUUAUUAAAGAUCUGUUGAAGAGCAUAUCAUCUGUCAUCGUUUAUUUAUUAGGACACCAUUCAUAUAUGUUAAAUUAUUAUAUAGUUAUUGCCACAGGCUAUCGCACACAUAAUAACAUACUAAUUAUCUGGCUUGUAUUUAAAAGUUUUUUCGAUGCAUAUAUACUAAUACUCAAUUACUACAUAAACACCAAGGUAGUCUUUUUACACUCGUAAUUAAUUUAUUUUUUCUGUAUCUUUCGUUGUUAACUGACGCCUCAUAUGGUUUCGUUCACAUUAUUUUUCUUGUUUUAUGUUCAAGUGUAUUUAUUAGAUUAAGUAAGUUCAAAUAAGUGCAAUUUUCUGAAUAAAAAUGAAUCUUAUGUAUA